GGGCCAAUGAACGGCGGCGGGAGGUGAAAUCCGGUUCUAACCGGUCCGGGGCUCCCAGCGCUAUAAAAACUUUAUAAACCCCCCGGAGCCCAAGCAGUGUGAGGAAGAGGAGACGGGAGCGACCCCCGGACCGGCCGCUGCCGCCACUGCAACCUGCACCCAGACUCCGCUGCUGCCGCCGCUCCCACCCCUCCGCCGUCACCACCAUGCCCAAGAGAAAGGCCGAAGGAGAUGCUAAGGGAGACAAGACCAAGGUUAAGGACGAACCACAGAGGAGAUCAGCACGGUUAUCUGCUAAACCUGCCCCUCCAAAGCCAGAACCCAAACCCAAAAAGGCACCUGCAAAGAAGGGAGAGAAGUUACCCAAAGGGAAAAAGGGAAAGGCUGACGCCGGUAAGGAUGGGAACAACCCUGCAGAAAAUGGAGAUGCCAAAACAGACCAGGCACAGAAAGCUGAAGGUGCUGGAGAUGCCAAGUGAAUUGUGUGAAUUUUUGAUAACUGUGUACUUCUGGUGACUGUACAGUUUGAAAUACUAUUUUUUAUCAAGUUUUAUAAAAAUGCAGAAUUUUGUUUUACUUUUUUUUUAAGCUAUGUUGUUAGAACACAGAACGCUUUGUUGUUGUUUUCGGGGGAUAGGGCAGAUGUUACAGAUAGAAUGUCUCAGAAGCUGGGUUGAAAUAGGUGGGGAAUUCUUCUCCUAGUUUUUGAGAGGACUUCUCUUGAAUACCAGGAGGGGGUUCCCUCACACACACACACACACACACAACACACCAAAUAUAUAGGUAUGAACACUGAUAUCCUCAGCCUGUCUAGUGGGGGUAGGAGUGGAUAUCUUCAAAAAUUUGUACUUCUUCCCUGUCUGCCAUAAGCAUCAACUUGACUUCUCCAAAACCAGGGGCCUAUCAGGACCUGCCCCUAUUUCCCUCCUUCCCCCCACUCUCAAAUCAAUUGUGUUGGAUACCAGUCUUUCAGGCAAUCUGGACUUGAAUUAUGGCCCUCUGGUAGCCUCCCCAAAAGAGCUGAAUUUCCUUUCAUAUUGGGGAUAUUUUCCAAUUAAGAAUUCUGCAGUUUUCAUUUCAUUUCCUCAAAGUCAGGGUAGGCUCGUGAAAAGUUGUUAAACAACAUAUGCUCAAUGUGAAAGUGUCCACCCUCACUCUAAAACUUUCCCUGUUUAUAAAAUAAAGACUCUUCAUUGGGUUUUAUAGUGACUUUAUGUUUUUUGGUAGUCCAUGGAGGAGGGGAGUUUGAAAGUUGUUGUAUACUGUUGCCGAUCGUAGCCCAUGUCCUGCCUGAAUUACCAUGAUUGUUUAUGAAAAGUAUCUUUAAUAAAGCUGGAUACAGUUUG